AUGAUAAACAGAGGUAGACUAAUCUUUAGAAAGUCAGGUGUCAACGCUCGUUUUUUCCACCCUGCUACUGAUGAAUACGUUUUGCCAAAUAAACUAUCGCCAUGUACCUAUACAAAAGAUUCUCCUCAGUUUAAGAUCUUGUCUCAUGCUAUAGAUAACACUGUCACUAAAUUUGGCUUCUCUGAAAGAGCUAUUAUUGAAGCUAUGAAAGAAUUGAAGAUUGAAAAUCAAUCGACUAUGUUAUCUGCCAUUGGAUCAUCUAAUUCCCCUUCUUUUUUACAUUCUUCGCCAUCUGUCAUGGAACUUUUGAAAUUUAAUUUGGUUUUGAAAAGAUACAGAAUGAUCGAAGGAUUAGAUCCAUUGACGAUGCAACAAGAGGAAUUACCAAGUUUGGAGUCGUUAUUGUUGAAAAGAUUAGAGAUGGAUAUUCCAAUUGGUAAGCAUAUUUCAGCAUUCAUGUCUCAAUUGGUGAUACCUGGUCCAUUCUUAUUGGAUUCGGCUUUACCAGAACUGCAUAGACUAGCAGAUGAUAUGAUUUAUUUCUCAAAUGAAAAGGAUCAUCAUGAUUUUGCUUGGUAUUCGAAGAGGUUGGGUGUUUCUUCAGCAUAUAUCUCUUCAAAACUGUUUAUGGCUCAAGAUAAUUCAUGCAAUUAUAAAGAGACGUUACAAUUUGCAAAGGACAAAUUAGAGAAGGUUAUGAGACUGGGGGAUUACUAUAACAAUACCGAAGAAUACGCUUGGUACGUCCUAUUAAAUUCUGUCAAUAUGGUGAAAUCAAGAAUGUCAAGAGCUUAA